CACUUGAAUGUGACCGCUUUUAUUUUUUAUUUUUUUUUGCUGCAGCAGUGAAACUGAAUGAUCCAGAAGCUUAUCACGCAGACUUCUAACAGUGUUUCUUUUCGUUUUAUAUUCGACUUACUUUAAAUUUCCCAGCAGAGCGGCUUAAAAUAUGUCCAGGAGACGACAUAGCGACGAGAAUGAUGGUGGCCAGCCUCACAAAAGGAGGAGAACAUCAGAGCCCAUUGAGAUUGAAGACCGCCUGGAGUCACUGAUAUGUCUUGUAGGGGAAAAGAGUACAUCGUCCCUUGAGAGUAACUUGGAGGGCCUCGCGGGUGUUUUAGAGGCAGAUCUUCCAAACUACAAAAAUAAAAUCCUGCGCAUUUUAUGUGCUGUUGCCCGCCUCUUACCUGAGAAGUUGACUGUGUACACAACUUUAGUUGGCCUCCUCAACGCCAGGAACUACAACUUCGGGGGCGAGUUUGUUGAGGCCAUGAUCAGACAGCUCAAGGAGACGCUAAAAAACAACUUGUACAAUGAAGCUGUUUAUUUGGUGAGGUUUCUGUCUGACUUGGUCAACUGUCACGUGAUUGCUGCUCCCUCGAUGGUUGCAAUGUUUGAAAACUUUAUCAGUGUUACUCAGGAGGAGGACGUACCGCAGGUUCGGUCAGACUGGUUUGUAUAUGUUGUUCUGUCUUGCCUGCCCUGGGUUGGUAAGGAGCUUUAUGAGAAGAAGGACGUUGAGAUGGAUCGGCUACUCAGUCAGAUUGAAGGCUACCUCAAGAGGCGAGUAAAGACGCAUGUCUCUAUGCUGCAGGUGUGGACAGCAGAAAAACCUCACCCACAAGAGGAGUACCUGGACUGCCUCUGGUCCCAGAUUCAGAAGCUGAAGAAAGACCGCUGGCAGGAGCGUCACAUCCUGCGCCGUACGACAUGCUUUGACAGCGUGCUUUGUGAGGCACUGCAGCACGACCUGCCCCCCUUCACACCACCGGGACACAUGCCAGAUGCCCAGUAUCCCAUGCCACGGGUUGUGUUCCGCAUGCAGACGUUUCUCCCCGCUCUCCCCCCUCAGGGUCCUGUUAUGCCCGGUAGCCAUUCUGUGGAAAGAUGUGUCAUAGAGGAAAACCUGCACUGCAUCAUAAAGACCCACUGGAGAGAAAGGAAAACCUGUGCAGCUCAGUUACUCAGCUAUCCGGGGAAAAAUAAGAUUCCGCUCAAUUAUCACAUCGUGGAGGUGAUCUUUGGAGAACUUUUCCAGCUGCCGUCUCCACCUCACAUUGACGUCAUGUACACUACAUUACUUAUUGAACUCUGCAAACUGCAGCCAGGAUCGUUACCCCAAGUUCUGGCUCAAGCUACAGAGAUGUUGUAUAUGAGACUGGACACCAUGAACACCACCUGCAUAGACAGGUUAAUAAAUUGGUUUUCUCACCAUCUGAGCAACUUUCAGUUUCGAUGGAGCUGGGAUGAUUGGGCCGACUGCUUGACCGUGGAACUAGAUAAACCCAAACCCAAGUUUGUCAAAGAGGUUCUGGAGAAGUCCAUGAGACUCUCGUACCAUCAGCGGAUAGUGGACAUUGUCCCGUCCACUUUCUCGGCCCUCAUCCCAGCUGAGCCCAUAUUCAUUUACAAAUACGGAGAAGAAACCGGUUCUGCGUUGCCCGGUUACCCGAUGUCCAUCACUGUAGGAAAUGCCAUCAAGAACCGAGCGUCCAACGAGGAGAUCCUGGCCAUACUUAAAGAACUGCCCAACCCCAACCAGGAAGAUGAUGACGAUGAGGGUGAGACUUUCAAUCCCCUGAAAAUCGAUGUUUUCCUCCAGUCACUCCUCAACCUGGCAGCCAAGUCCUUCAGUCACUCCUUCAGCGCUCUGGGCAAGUUCCUCGACAUCCUGAAGGCCCUGACAGACAGCGACGAGGGGAAACUGCAUGUCCUCCGGGUGGUUUAUGACGUCUGGAGGAACCACCCACAGAUGAUCGCGGUGUUGGUGGACAAAAUGAUUCGGACGCAGAUCGUGGACUGCGCCACCGUGGCGAACUGGCUCUUCUCUCAGGACAUGGCUCACGAGUUCACCAGACUUUUCACUUGGGAGAUCCUGCACUCGACCAUCCGAAAAAUGAACAAACAUGUCCAGAAGAUCCAAAAGGAGCUGGAGGAGUCCAAAGAAAAGCUGGAGAAGCAGCAGCAUAAGAGGCGGGACAGCGGCGAUGACGAAGACAUGGACAAGAACAGCGAGGACGAAGAGGGUCAGCUGGAGGAGCAGAUCGAGAGGCUGCAGGAGAUGGAGUCGGCUCAGAGCGAACAGAAGAACCUUUUCCUCGUCAUCUUCCAGCGUUUCAUCAUGUUGCUGACGGAGCAUUUGGUCCGCUGUGAGACGGGCAGCGUGGACAUCAGCACGCCGUGGUACAAAAACUGCAUCGAGCGGCUGCAGCAGAUCUUCCUGAUGCAUCACGUGACCAUCCAGCAGUACAUGGGAACGCUGGAGAACCUGCUGUUCACAGCUGAGCUCGACCACCACAUCCUGGCCGUGUACCAGCAGUUCUGUGCUCUGCAACUCUGAGAUGCACAAAACCGACAACCAGCUCCUCCUCUUUUUGUUUUUGUUUUUUUUUCUGUUUGGUGAAUGUUGUGCAAACACACGGACAUCUACCAUGAGUAGGAAUUCAAACAAAACCCUCAAAAAUCUGCUGUUGUUGUUUUUAUUUUUGUUUGAUUUACUGUUUUUUGUUGUUUUGUUUUUUUUAUUACAAAUUUUUGCAUAGUACUUGUAUUCAUAUGAAUGCUUUUUUUUUUUUUUUUUUAACAUGCGUUCUGAGUGCAGACGGAGCUGGAAAAUGAUUAUAGGAUGACUCUGAGUGCUCAACUUUUUUUAUAUUUGUUUUAUGUGGAAUCAGGAAAUAAUUAAAACUCUCCAGAGUCUUUAUCCAAAUGCUUGUUUUGUGAU